CCUGCCUCACUUCCGGUUGUUGCCGGGCCCUAUAUCCGGUGUCCGCCCGCCCUCCAUCCCGCUCCCUCCGCGAUGCUGUCCCGGUCUCGCUGCGUGUCCCGGGCGUUCAGCCGCUCGCUUUCUGCCUUCCAGAAGGGGAACUGCCCUCUAGGGAGACGUUCCUUGCCUGGGGUCUCCUUAUGUCAGGGACCAGGUUACCCUGAAAGCAGGAAGAUGGUCAUUAACAGCAGUAGUGUCUUCAGUUUUCGCUUCUUCCAAACCACGGCUGUGUGCAAGAAUGAUGUGAUUACAGUUCAAACCCCAGCUUUUGCAGAAUCAGUUACAGAGGGAGAUGUCAGGUGGGAGAAAGCUGUUGGAGAUACAGUUGCAGAAGAUGAAGUGGUUUGUGAGAUUGAAACUGACAAGACUUCUGUGCAGGUUCCAUCACCAGCAAAUGGCAUCAUUGAAGCUCUUUUAGUACCUGAUGGGGGCAAAGUUGAAGGAGGAACUCCUCUUUUCACACUCAGGAAAACUGGUGCUGCUCCUGCUAAGGCCAAACCAGCGGAAGCUCCUGCUGCAGCCCCAAAAGCAGAGCCGCAAGCACCGGCAGUCUCCCCUCCCUCUGUAGCAGCUAUACCCACUCAGAUGCCACCGGUGCCCCCACCCUCACAACUUCCUUCUAGCAAACCAGUUUCUGCAAUAAAACCCACUGCUGCCCCUCCCCUGGCUGAGCCAGGAGCUGCUAAAGGUGUGCGGUCGGAACAUCGGGAGAAAAUGAACCGGAUGCGGCAGCGCAUUGCUCAGCGUCUGAAGGAAGCCCAGAAUACGUGUGCAAUGCUGACCACCUUUAAUGAGGUUGACAUGAGUAACAUCCAAGAGAUGAGAGCUCGGCACAAAGAUGCUUUCUUGAAGAAACAUAACCUCAAACUUGGCUUCAUGUCGGCAUUUGUAAAGGCCUCAGCCUUUGCCUUGCAGGAGCAGCCGGUUGUAAAUGCAGUGAUUGAUGAUGCAACCAAAGAAGUGGUGUAUAGAGAUUAUAUUGACAUCAGUGUUGCUGUUGCUACUCCAAGGGGUCUCGUGGUUCCUGUCAUUAGGAAUGUGGAAACUAUGAACUAUGCAGAUAUUGAACGGACCAUCAGUGAACUAGGAGACAAGGCCAGAAAGAAUGAACUUGCCAUUGAAGAUAUGGAUGGUGGUACUUUUACCAUUAGCAAUGGAGGAGUUUUUGGGUCACUGUUUGGAACGCCCAUUAUCAACCCCCCUCAGUCUGCCAUUCUGGGCAUGCAUGGCAUCUUUGACAGACCUGUGGCUGUGGGAGGCAAGGUGGAAGUGCGACCUAUGAUGUAUGUAGCCCUGACCUAUGACCACCGGUUGAUUGAUGGCAGAGAGGCUGUGACCUUCCUCCGAAAAAUCAAGGCAGCAGUAGAAGAUCCAAGAGUCCUCCUCCUAGACCUUUAGGAGGAAGCCACGCCCCCUACCUAUCGAUCAUGCAGGAACUGAAAACAGUCUUCUCCCUGUCCCCUCAUCAGUCCCAGAGUUCGCCUGACGACAGGCAGGCACCAUACUGUUGGCCUCAAGCAAGGAAGCCAGGGCACUAUAUAACCAGCUUUCACAGGCCUUUUCUUCAUGUUCCUUCUAGACUCUUUCUCUCCCUCUCUGUGUUCUUUUGAGAGAGAGUGAGAGCCCUAAUGGAUGCCCAUUGAUAUCCCGCCUUUCUUCCAGCCCUCCGCAAAGAUGGUUUUGUCUCUCCCCAGGAACAGUAUACUACAGGGAUGCCACCAGGGACCAUGUGACCAAGUUUGUCUUUGGAAAGUGCUCCAGAAAUGCCUAGGGGGGUGCUCUGCCUCCCAGGCUCUGAGCCUCUGUCCCAGCUGUGCAUAUUCUCAGCUGCUGCCACCUGUGUGGAGGUAUCGGACAUAGGCAAAGGCACUGCUUUGCUUAAAUGCACCACAGUUCUGAGCUGUCAGUGGCUUCAUGGUGCCUCUCUACCUCUCCAGGAAGCCCAGGCCGGGGGCUUUGGGGAUAGGCAACGUGGUGCGGAGUCCCCUGAGGUUACCUUUUAUAAUCCCAGAUGGGAGUAGAACCCUGACUUGCCUCACAGGCUUCAUUGUAAGCUCACACUGGGAAGAUUCAUUUUGGCGUAAUCACAUACAAUUAUGCUCAUACCAACCCUUCCCAGAGUUCUGGGGUCAUUCUAGGACACUUCGCAUUUAGAGCAGCUUUUUAGUACAUCAUGGCGGUGAGUGAGGGAAGAGCCUGGUGAAGGGACUGGCUCUGACCAGAUCAGGUUGGUUAGAGUUCUCAAAUUCAAGGAGGAAUCAGCAUGUGAUGGGAAGGGGCUGUUCUCUCCCUUUCUGGGUGUGGCUUGCAGGGAGCAAGGUCUUGGCACCCCUAGCAGGACACAGAUACAGGGGAGGGUGGACUGUGGUGGGAUCCAGCCUCAGGAGUCAGUCCAGAGUGAUGGAAGGGCUGAUGUCAUCUCCAAGGUACUGCCCUUUGGGUGCCGACACAAUCACUGAAAUUUCUUGAAGCAUGGGAAACUGCAAGUGACUAGGUAUGGAAGGAAGCUCCUAGGCCUUGUGUCCUCUGCACUGAGGCCUGAGGCUGCUGACAGUUGACACGGAGCCAUAGUGUUAAAUGCCCUUUUUUCUGUCAUCCAGGACAAGCUGGGGGGAGGGGGAGAGGCCAGUAUUGAGUGCCUGCGGCGUCUGCUACUACAUCUUCACUAUCCAGAACUUGUAACUAAAAUAUUUAAAGAGGCUGAUUUUGAAUGAAAAUUAAAGGGCAAAUGUUCUCAAACAGGGUUCCAGCAUCUGUGCUCCUUUUGGUCCUUGAGGUUGUACAGCCACUGCUUGGCAGCCACAGUGUGUGAGGCCCCCAUCCCAUACUUUAGACAUGUUAGGGCUAUGCUAAUUUAACUGUCAGCCAGGGGUACCCACAAACCACUUAGUACCCUGGGUUCCUUUCGGGGAGCCCGACAGUUGUGACAAGCCAACUCUUGAAGAGAUGUCGUAGCUCCUACCUAUGUGAAGCCCUUUAAAACACCGGGGAACAGUUGCCCCUUUGAGGGACUUGUGUUAUUUCUGAGAUGGAGUGGAGAGACAUGAACACUUCUAAUUUCACUUGAACUUAGUUGUCACAUGUGUACCAAGAUGUUUGUGGUUAGAAUAAACAGAGAGGUCGCCUAGGAGCAGUAGUAUGUGAGGGACAGGACAGGGUUGGUCACUUUAGGGUGUCCACAAGGGAUAAUGGGUAUGAUGGAGGGUAGACUUCAACCCUCCCAGCCUUCACACAGAAUCCGGUCUGUUGAUCCUGCCUUCAGUGAGGCCCUCCUGUGGCAGGAAGAGGAAGCUGGUAGGUGGUUCAGUGAGUUGUGGUGUGUCAGGUGCAGCGCUAGACAUGCUACCAGAUGCGAUGUUUCCAGCAACUUCUGGAGUAGCUGCUGUCAGAGCUGGGACCUUGGUGUUCAAACGAAGUGGCUUGUACUUCAUAAAGCAGUGGCAGAAGUUGGUUUGCAUGGUCUCCCACAGCAACCUACACCUGUGAGCCAGCUCUAGUGGUCGGUGCUAAGUUAACCUCUCCAGAACCUCUGUUUUCUCAGGAGGAGCUUCCAUGGGUUCACUGCGGAGAUUAAGGUAGUGUUUUCCUCAGGCACCAUGGUCUUUUAGGGCAUCUCUUCCCUUUCCUGAGCCAGUUCUGGAAGAGCAGGGGCUGCUUCCGUGCAGACCACUUUGACUGCAGCAAUGAGGCAAAGAUGCCAGCAAAAGAGAAGGCUUUAUUAGAGUGGACCAGCCCCAGGGGCUGCUGAGAUUCCAGCCAUGGAGCAGCUGCACUUUCCUUGUCCUCUGCUCCAGACUCAGCACCAGGAAUAUUGGGUGACUCCUUGUGUUGCCACCCCCCCCACACACACACACACAAGUGUUUGGUGAGUUACCCGAUGGGUGACCUAUACCAGAUGCUACCUGUGUUGUAACACUGGAGGGAUCUGGAGAUUGGUCAAGUGAAAUUUUGUUGCAUCUGCUACACCUCAGAGACUGGGUUCUCAAACCUAGGGAAAGGACUGUCUGCAGAUACCCACUUACCUAGUUCUUCAGAAACCAGCAGUACUGGAUUUAAAGCAUUGGGUAAAAUCAGUCCAUAUGUUCUGUGGUGUCUCGUUCUAAAAGCGGACAGUGGAUUGAAUAAACUUCAUA